GGGAGAAAAGCCGCGCUCGUACGGACACGCGUCCCCGGUCGGCCGGCAAUCUACCUCCCCACACCGCCGCCGCCGUCCCCCUUUUGCCGUGUCAGCCCUUCACCUGCCUCCGGCUCCCGGUCUCCUCUCGCCCCCCGCCCCCUCUCGGCCCCUUUUUGCUUGCCCGCCUGCCUGCCUGCCUGCUUCCCCCUGCGCCCCAACCCCCCGCCCCUCCCCCGCCCCUGGACCACCUCCUCCCUGAGCCGGCGCCGCGUACACACCAUGCAGCUGGCCUCGAACCUCAGCCCGCACUCGUCCGGCGCGCCGGCCACGACCGGGCACAAGGCCUCCUUCUCGGCGCCGGCGCCGGCCGGCCCACGGGCGCCGCCGACCCCUCCGGCCCGGUCCACGGCCGGGUCGCCGGCCACCUCCCCCGGGGGGUGGUCCUGCCGCAGCACCCGGCCAUCCGCCGGUCGAUCGCCGACCUGUGCGGGGGGUUUGCCCCCUCGGAGCACUUUGCCCUGGAACUCCCCUCCGGCCAUGGGGGCGGAUCGACUGCCAUCCCGGAAACCGUGGCCGAUGCCCUGCCGGAGGGCUGCCCGACGGUGGAGCAGCUGGCCCAGCAGCCGGACAAUGACAUCCGCUUUUACCGGGAGCACUUCCUGGACCGUGACCACAUGAACUUCCUCGCGCUCGAAACCCCCAGCGGCCCGGUGGCCGUGUCGAUCGUCCUGGCGCCAGAUGGCACGGCCGCCUCUCGCGGGCCGCACUACCUGUGUCUGGUGCGGACCGGGCGCGGGUCGCAGCAGACCACGCGCGGGGUGGCCCAGAUCCCGGUGCCCUUCUUCCGGCGGCUGUUCGGCCUCGGGCCCUCGACGGAUGCCCUGCUCCGGGGGCUGGUGUCGACGCCGCUGCCGGCCGGGGCCCUGCGCCUGAACCGGCAUCCGCAGCUCCCCCGGGCACUGAUCAGCAUGGAGGAGCGCCAGGUGAUCCACAACUACAAGUUUGGCCUGCUGUAUGCCCGCGCCGGGCAGGACACCGAGGCCGAGCUGCUGGCCAAUGCCGACCCGGAAUACCACACCCCCACGACCCCCGGGGCGCCGGCCCCGCUGCCGGUGUCCGAGGCGUAUCGGCAAUUCCUGGCCUGGCUCGGCGACCGGGUCACCCUCAAGGGCUGGACCGGCUACCGGGGCGGCCUGGACGUGGUGGACAAUUUGACCGGCCGCGAGUCGGUAUACGCCCUGUGGCAGGGGUACGACAUCAUGUUCCAUGUGGCCACGAUGCUGCCGCUGAUCGACCAGGCCACCGGGGCCGGGGACCAGGCCGCCAUCGCCGGGGGGUAUGUCCAGCAGCUGGAGCGCAAGCGCCACAUCGGCAAUGACAUCGUGGUCAUCGUCUUCCAGGAUGCGGACACCCUGCCCGGGGCGCUGCCCUUCAAUCUGGACAGCGUGGACUCCAAGCAGAACCAUGUGUUUGUCAGUGUGACGCCGGUGCCCCGGAACCCGAACGACCCGCCCGGCACGCCGGACUACUACCGGGUGACGCUGGCCCGGAAGUCCGGCGUCCCGGGCUUCGGGCCGCCGCUGCCGAUCAAGGUGUCCCGCGAUGCGGAUGGUCGGAACUGGUUCCUGUACAAGCUCAUCAGCGCCGAGCGUGCCUCCUACAAGGCGCCGAGCUUCGCGCCGAAGCUGGCCCGCACUCGGCAGGUCCUGCUUCAUGACGUGGUCAAGACGCAUAUGUAAGGCGUGCGCCUGGCCCUCGCGCGCCCGCUGCCUUCCUCCUCCUCCUUUUCCCCUUCACGAUGUCCUUGAGAGCCGCCAUGUUUGCUGCUGCGCACCCGUAUGCCCCUCGCCUCCAUUAAUGUUCCUUGCCUUUCCCCUCACAAUCAGUGACCUGUGAGCGCGAGAAAGAUUCGACCUGAGGUCGAGAAAUGUACUACC